AUGCUUCUAUCAUACAAGAAAGCUCACAAGACGACAAUAAUAUAUGGUUUGUUAGUUGGAAUAUUCAUAGCUACUGGCUAUGCAAGCUCAGACUUUUGGAGUGAGGAUUCUGGUGAUGGCGCAGCAUCUACAACAUUUAACGGUGUCGAAGUACCGCCCUUGCCAGAACUAAAUGGAAUGAACUUUACUGAAUCGAUUAAAGAUGGCUAUUGGUUUGUGAAACACUGGCUGCUCAUGUCCAAGAUUUAUCUAACUAACGGUAGGCCAUGGUGUUCACACUGCCAAGCUGUCGCACCUAUAUGGCAAACGCUUUACGAAUUUUAUUACACCUCAACCCCUCUUCCGCAGAGCUCAGGUGUGCAGAGUAUCACGGGUUCAGGAAAUACGUUUUCUGAGUAUUUUAGCUAUCAUUUUGGCUCACUUGAUUGCGAUGCUUAUGGAUCAACAUGCAGAGCUCAAAAUGUCAACGCGUAUCCAACUUUCAUUAUCUUCAAAAAAGGAGUUGAAAUCAAUCGAUUUGAGGGUGGGCGCGACAUGAAGCAAUUGAGUGACAUCAUCGAAAAUCAACUGGAAACAAUUAGGCCAGGCUCUCGACCAGUUGGUGGACCAAAGCUUCCAAAAGUUGGAGCGAAGGAGUUUAAAGAUACACAAAAACCCAAUUUAGAUGCCGCUACAUCUACAGACGAUAAUCAAACCCUGCAGACUAGUAGUGCUGAAAGCUCUGAAUCAAAGAUAAAGGCAGGUGUGAAGACUGCACUGUCUACUCAUGUUCAACCAUCUAAACCUCAAUUACCUCCUAACCCCCUGGGCACAUCUAUCUCACUUUCAACAGAAAAAUUUCAACAUGAUGUAACUAUGUCUCAAGAUCCAUGGUUUAUCAAGUUUUUUGCGCCAUGGUGCGGCCAUUGUCAAGCCAUGUCACCAAAUUGGGUCCAGCUUUCAAAAGAGAUGAAAGGGAAGCUCAACGUUGGGGAAGUUAAUUGUGAAGUCGAAAAAAGGCUUUGCAAGGACGUUCAUAUACGAGGCUAUCCAACAAUUCUUUUUUUCCGGGGAGGUGAGCGCGUUGAGUACGACGGUUUGAGAGGACUUGGUGAUCUUCUCGCCUAUGCAAACAAAGCUAUAGACCUUGGAACCGGUGUGAAGACUGUUGAUGCAGUAGAAUUUAAAAAGAUGGAGGAAACAGAGGAGGUAAUCUUUGUUUACUUCUACGACCAUGCAACAACUAGCGAAGACUUCGCUGCUCUAGAAAGGCUAACGCUUAGCCUGAUCGGACAUGCGAAGCUAGUAAAGACGAACAGUCAAAUUUUGGUCGAACGUUUCAGAAUAACCUCCUGGCCCCGAUUAUUGGUUUCACGAGAUGGCCGUCCAACCUAUUAUACAGCUCUUGCACCACAAGACAUGCGGGAUUUUCGUCGAGUUCUUCACUGGAUGCAGUCAGUAUGGCUACCGAUAGUACCUGAGCUCACGGCAUCAAAUUCAAGAGAGAUAAUGGAGGGAAAAUUAAUAGUAUUAGCUAUUCUAUCUUGCGAGCGAAAGGAAGAGUUUGCGAUGGCCAAAAAAGAACUAAAAAGUGCUGCCCUCGAGUGGAUGGAUAAGCAAACAAUUGCCUUUCAAAGAGAGCGUCAAGAAUUACGAGAUGCUAAGCAACUUAGGAUCGAGGAGGCGGAAGAUCGCAACGAUCAGCGUGCUCUCCGUGCUGCUAAGAAUAUCCAUAUUAGUAUGGAUAAAUCCGAACGAAAAGAAGUUGGAUUUGCUUGGGUUGAUGGUGUUUUUUGGGAACGUUGGAUUCGGCAAACUUACGGCAUUGAAGUUGCCAAAGACGGAGAGAAAGUCGUCAUAAAUGAUGAAGAUAACCGUUCAUACUGGGAUACCACGAUCACCGGCAACGCAAUCUUAGCAUCUCGAACCUCGAUACUAGAAACAAUACCCAAAGUUGUUUCAUCCCCGCCAAAAAUUAAGCCAAAGAGUACGAUUUCGAAAUUCGAAAAAGUUUUCUUUGAUUUAAAAGUUAUAUUUAGCGGACAUCCUUUUCUGUGUGCUGGAUGUCUCGUGAUAAUAGUUCUUGGGAGCCUAUCUUGGGGCCGAGGGCGAGCACGAAGAAAUCGGGGUGGCUUUUUAAGACUUGAUGAUAAAGAUAAAAUGAUUGUGGACGGUACUAACGGCAAGGUAGAUUAA